AUGUCUCCCCGGCAUUCGGCUUCUCGAUGUUCAUCUCCCAUGUCCCACCUGACUGACGACAACGGCGGCAUGGCAUGGCUGAUCCUCGCACUUGGGAUGUCUGCAGUCCACCGCCUCGCCUUGCUGCCGUCCUUGGCAUUAGGUUGA